AUGCCUCUCACUUCCCAGAUUGACUGGUCGAAGGGUACCGUCUUCAUCCACGACGGCACACUUAUUUGUUCGCCCAACUCCAAACGAUUCGUCAUACUACCUUGUGGGCCACCUUCACUGAAGCAUUUGGAAGCCGCCAAAGAUGAAAACAAGGCCCACCUGCCUUACCCCGGUUCCACACAUUUUGACCGCAAACUCGAUAUCGACCUCGCCUUAUACCGGCAACCCGUGCAGUGGGAAGACAGUUAUGGCUGGCUGGCCUUCGUACCAUUGUCACCAUCAUUCAUAUCCUUGCCAUUCAAGCCAUUGUCUUGGACCCCAGAACCGAGGCGGUGGAGGACAGGUCAAACCACAUACCAAUGGGAAGUAGAGUCUCAUGAAAAGGGCGAAUGGUAUAGAUGCGAAUCUCAGCUCGUUUACCUCUGCGAGAAGCUACGGUUAUGGUAUCGCAUACCGGGUACCCCGCCUCCUGUGCCGUCUCGGUUUGGUUAUGACAGACCGCACCGAAGUAAAGAAAUUGCCGAGAAGAUGGUUGAGGUGUCGCGCAAUGCUUUCGUGUUGUGGAUGGGUUUCCUCUCCUACCUGAUUGCGCAAUCUCGUCGUCCGGAGCACGCCGCCCACCUACGUGAUGACGGUAAGAAACCCGUCCCUGCGUGGCAUACCAAAAUUCUCGAGGAGCAGGCCGCUGAGGCUGCAGCAGCAGUGGCUGCUUCGGCCCAAACAGGAUGGGAUCCUAUCACCCCACCUCCGCCCUUGAUCACGGAGCCAUGGUUGGAUGGUCUCCGCCAGUCAGUGGUCUGGAACUUCACUCCACAAACGCCGCGCGCUGGAAUUGCCUACGAUUGGACCACAUCGCACCGCACGCGACCUCCGAUUGAGUUUUUUUUGGACAAUGCCAUCGCAGUGUACUAUCCUUGGGGAGUAGUGGAGGAAGACACUAUGAAAACACACAAACUGGUGCGGCAGGACCUGAGACCUCCGUCCGAAAUGCUGGCCACGGUGCUAGACGAAUUUCUCGGGUCGACGGAUGUGCCACUGGCCACUCUGUUCAUGCGCAAGUAUUACGAGCAACCCGACAGCACUGUUUCGCCCAGCAUUAAACUGUUAGGGCAGAGCCACUCGCAAUCGUUUGUGUUUCAGCACAUCAUGGACCGGUAUCACAACGAACAGACUGCAUUCGAGAGAGCAUGGGACAAUCCAGACAACCUGGACAUUGACGACAUUCUGCGGCAGAGAUCUUCCCAAGUAAAUGCGAAGGCCCGACGGAUGGAGGAGAACUGGAAUGAUUCCUUUACGGAAGGUCAUGAAAUGCAAGGACGUAUUUCUGGAGUUGUGGAUGUCACAGGAGACGUUCGUGGCAUACAAAAUACCGAGUCAUUCACUGAUUGGGAGCCGUACUGGACACGACGACUGGCUCAAUGGCGCAAGGCGUUGGAGAAUGAGGACCCCGCUGCUCGUCGCUUGCGGUUGGCUCGCGAGAAACAAAAGCCUACCCGACGCACCAAAAUGUAUCAGUGGAAAAUGGUGCGCCACGCCAACGGCACAGUCACAUACCUCAGGCAACUGGUAUCGCCCAACAUGGCUGCCAAGUUGUACCACAAGUACCGUCCACGUCAAGUUGUGUACAAUUCCAUUGACAACGUCUGGGAUCUUUGCCGGUACUUCAAACCUCCAAUUGAGCUGGCUCAAGGAGGCUCAGACAAUAGUGACUUGAGUUCAGGAAGUUCUGACGAGUCAGACCCUGGCCCCAUUCCCUUGGUGUCCAAACCCAAUCAGGUGGUUAACACGCCAGAGCCCCAGGAACCGCGCGUGCAACAGUUUGACCCUAGCAGUCGCCCGCCAACUCCUGCUGCGGAACAUUUCAGUGGGUAUCCAGGAUCGCCGGAUAUGCAGGUAGAUGCAGUCCAUUCCCAUGUCACCGACACAGUCCCACCCCCAGACGUGGAACCUGCCCUCACUCUCCUGGACGCCAGGCCCCCACCGGCCCCCAAGCCAGAUGCACGCACAGGCUGGAUGGUGCCCGCUCGGAACCUGGUACAAUCCUUGCGACUGGGUUAUGGGUAUACAGGCCCAGGUUCUGGGUUCUCAGUGCGUGCUUCCACCACGACGAAGGAUGAACGCAAGGAAUGGCUUGAGAUUGUGGAAAGCCUGGGUUUCCUAAGCGCCAAUGCCGACGACCACCUUGAAGAAGCCGACAAGCAGACUGUGCAGGUCUUCUAUCAACAUUACGUCGUGUCCGACAGUGAAGACAUGUUGGCUGACCUAUGUGACCUGCACCCCAACAACAAGUACGGGCUACACACCUUCUUGGGAUUACGAGAGGUACAGCGCCCCCACAAGAGCAUGUUCGUGUUCUCUGAACCACGCUCACAGUGGUCAGACUGGAAACUUGGUGUGGAAACGGCCGAGGUCGCGUUAUACGUAUGUCGGUUGAUGCAGAUGUAUCCCACUCUGGACAUCGACGACAUUGGGUACAAAUUGCUAAGCAAGGGCGUGCCCUGUCGCACCUUCGUCAAGAUCCCAGCAUCGCCCCGGAGUAAAACCGUCGUUGACAAGUUUAUUCCGACCUCAUUCCGUCCCGCGGGGUAUACAUUUGUGGUGGAAGACUUCCUAGAGUACCGACAUCAAUGCGAGACUCUUUUGAGCAUGCCACAGGGUAGAGCCGCUGUUUUAAAGGGGGGUAUAAUCAGUCGCAUUGCCAGUGAAUACCUGGGUUUGUUAUCUACUUUGGAAGGCCCAUCCCCUGAAAUCAUCACUAACAAGCAAGGUUUCAUGAUACUUUUGGGGCCUAACGAGUGCUGGGCUGAUGACGAACUCACGGAAAAAGAGUUAGCGGUGUUGUGUGGCACAUACGGAAUGUAUACGGGUAAGCUGACAUCACAACUUGCUGGUUCACAACUCACUCACUUGUAUACAGCUCGUGCCAAUCAGACCACUAUUGUCUCAUGGUUCCCACCGGCGGACCUCUGGGCCCCUGGGUCCUUGAGAAAUGGUCGUCAGCUUAUUGAGUGGACACCAGACAAUGAAAAGUGGUAUCAAGAUCGCGUCCGAGAUAUUCUUGCUGGUCAGGCUCAGCCACACACAAAGGUACAGUGGAGGACAUGGUAUCGCGGUAUACCACAGGCGCGCCGCCUGAAGGAGCAGUCAUCUCAUCGUAGUGCAGACUUUGUGGACCGCCAUUUGCCCAUCACCCAAGGCAAACUGUAG